AUGAAUGCGCCCUUUCAAGGAAAGCGAAAGCCCAAAGCGAGCGGAGGCCAGUUUUCCUGCACACAGCAGCGGCUGACAGUUCGGGGAGGGCCCCGGGCCGCGCACAGGCCCACACAGGCCGGCGGGCGGGGCGCCCUGUGUCUGUCGCCCGGGCCCGCCUGGGGCUCAGCGAAUCACGGAAAGCGAAAACCGCCUCGCGGGAGGCGUGGGCUGAGCGCAUCCCUAGGGGCCGGCGCCACCCUCCUUGGUCACUCAAGUGGAUGGGUGGGGAGCCUGCGGCUGGCCGCCCCGCACCCUCGGAGCGCUCCAGGGGCCCCCAACCCAAGCCCUGCACCUACUCUUGAAGGCGACUGCCGCGUUGUUGACCAGCACAUUGAGCCCGCCGUACUCCUUGCGAAGGAAGUCGCGCAGGGCGCGGAUGCUCUGCAGGUCGUCGAUGUCCAGUUGGUGGAAGCGCGGGCUCAGUCCCUCCGCCUGCAGCUGCUGCACGGCCGCCUGACCCCGCGCCACGUCCCGCGCGGUGAGCACCACAUCCCCCGAGAACUGUCGGCACAAUUCGCGCGCGAUGGCCAAGCCGAUGCCCCUGUUGGCCCCGGUCACCAGCGCCACGCGGCUGCAGGACGACAUGACUGA